AUGCCUAAAAACAAUAAGGAGAUAGAGGAUCAGCUUCUCAAAGCUCUCGAGUCUCUCUCUAAGCAGUCCAAACCUAAUAUCGCGAAAACUACGCGAGAAUUCGCGGAGGAAAGUCGCUUUUUUAACGAUAACCUAAUGGUCGGAAGCUUAAUCCUAUAUAGGAUAACUACUAGCUAUAACGCUUCUUUAAACGCAAUCCUAAGUACUAUAUACGACGACGGCGAGCUCUUAAUAUUAAGCGAGCUACUACACUUAACAAAACUAUAUCGAGAACACCCUUAA